AUGAAGACCGGCGAGGCGGUCGUUUCGGUGUACGGAACCGGAUCGCCGUCUCCUUCGCAACGGAAUCCCCGGAGUUGGUCCCGGAGGGCGUGGCUGAUCUUAGUGACGGCCCUCAUCGUGAUCGUGAUCGUGAUUGUCGGCGCCGUUGUCGGAGUCAGAGCAACGAGAAACAACAACCCCGACGGCACCAGUUCGAGUUAUCCCGACUACACCCAGCUGAACUAUACGCUGAUCGACACAUACUCGGGCACAUCCUUCUUUGACAAGUUCGAAUACUUCAGCAGGUCUGACCCGACCCAGGGGUUCGUCCACUACGUCGAUCCUGGCUACGCCGCAACCUAUAACCUCACCUACGCCACCCAAUCAACCGCCAUUAUACGCGUCGACACCACGGUCGGUCCCGGCUCCAACCCGGACGCUUCGACGGGUCGCUUCUCGGUCCGUCUCGAGUCCAAAGCGCAGUACGGCCCGGGACUCUUUCUCUUCGACGUGAAGCACACGCCCUAUGGGUGCGGCACAUGGCCCGCCUUGUGGCUGACAGAUCCCAGCAACUGGCCCGAGAACGGCGAGAUCGACCUGAUGGAGGCGGUCAACCAGGCCAGCGCGGGCGGGCUGACGGCGCUGCACACCACGGCGGGCUGCACCAUGGCGGACGUGCGGCGCGAGAUGAGCGGCGCGGCAGGGCAGGACGACUGCCACAACGCUACCAACAGCAACACGGGCUGCACCGUGACGGGCGGCGCGGCGAUGUAUGGGCCCGCCUUCAACGCCGCGGGCGGCGGGGUCGUCGCGCUCGAGUGGCGGGCCGAGGGCAUCCGCGUGUGGGUGCUGGGGCGGGACGGCGGCGGUGGCGGCAAGGGCGUCAUCACGGCCCUGCCGGCGGCAGAGCAGCUCGCCGGGCCCGACACGGGCACCUGGGGUCCGCCGCUGGCCGAUUUCCCGUCGACGAGCUGCGACGUGACGAGCCACUUCCGGAACCAGAGCAUCAUCGUCAACAUCGACCUGUGCGGCGAACUGCCCAACGCCGUGUGGGCGUCGUCGGGCUGUCCGUCGAACUGUACCGAUUAUGUGGCCAACAACCCUCUGGCUUUCACGAAUGCGUACUGGGAGUUUGGGGCUUUCCAGGUGUACAAGGCCGCGUAG